CAACCUGUCAAUCAUCAAGGAGGUAACAGGUGGUAUAAGCGCGAGCAUGCCUGACAAAGACUAGUAUGUUAGUUGAAUCGAAGGUGAUAACGCUGCACAAAGUUCGAUUCAAAUGUAAUUGAUAUACCUUGAACGAUAUCAGUACUGAAUUGUUAAUGCAGGUGCACACAGUGAUAAAAUGGAGUCUUCUACAGACCGAAUUUCCUCAAAAUUGGAAGUUUUAAAAGCAGAUUUGAAAGCAAUGAGGUUACAAGAUGUAAAGCUAAUGAAGCAGCUGAUAGGAAUAAAUGAAUCUAUCCAGAGUCUAGCAAAAUCCCGCCAGCGGACCUCAAGUAGGGGACCGCAAGUAAUGUCCACUGCCGACUUCAACGCUACGGCCACCCCUCUCGUUAGACAACAGAGUGCUCCGUCUUACAACAAACUACAUAGGAACAACAGCACAGGGUCCAUCGAGUCAAUUGAAGAAAUCGGAAGUUCCGUUGAAGACAUCAACGAAGAAACAAUUGAAGAGCUUGAAGAUUACUUAAAUUGUUCGAUGACGUCACUUCCUCCUCCAAUACCCACAAUUCCAAAAUCCCACUCUCUUGCAGUGAUGACCCCACUUCCGGACGAAGAAGACGAAGCAGACGACAGCAAGUACGAGGGGAUUUUAAUGACAAAUAUCAAACUCUGGAAAUAUUCACAACAGAAGUGUCAGCAGAAGACGUGAAAUAUCUUUCAGUUUAACCAACUGAAGGCAAUUAUACGUGUGCCAUGAACAUAACAGGCAUUCGUCUCCCAUGUGACGUCAUGACCGAGUUUUAACUAGCUAGAUGAGAUGUGAACUGUAAUGUAUAUGAAAAAACUAUAUUUUGAAGCACAGUUUUAUGUGAUUCUGUUUUACAAAAAUUGUGUCUUGUUUUUAUUUAUGCGUACUUUAUUUUCAACUGCUUCAAGGAUAAAGUGCAUUGCGCUGACACUUCAUUAAGAUGAAAAUUGUAUUGAAAAAUCAACAUUUUAUCUUACAGUGUUAGCAACCACAAAUGUAAAUAUGCAGUUGAAGUCAGUAUAAAAGACUUAGAGUCAAGGAAAAAGUGCAAUAAAAGACUAUUAACGGUAACAUUAUGUCUGUGGAGGUCAUUAUUGAUGGUGUUCAGGAAGUCCCGCAUGGUGUGUACGUCUUAAGGAAGAUCAUUGUGCCGAUGUGUGACAUUCUAAUUAGUUGACAAUUGAUGUUUAUUAUUAUUUAUGAAGCAGAAAUAAAUGAAAUGAAAAGG